CAGUGAGAAGAGAGAUCCGAUCUACGACUACGACCUCUGUUAAUGUGAAGCAAACAAACGAAGAAAGCAUCUGAGAUUACCAAAAAAAACAAAGAGCAAAUGGUUUGGGAGAAAGAGAAAAUCGUCGGAACUUGUUUACUCGGAGGAGCCGCCUUCGCCGUCGGAGCUUCCUUCCUCCACCUCUUCCUCAACGGCGACCUUCCUCUAGGCUUAGGGCUAGGCACAUGUGUGCUUUCCCCCUUCAGAAAACGCAAGCCCGUCCGCGUCUACAUGGACGGUUGCUUCGACAUGAUGCACUACGGCCACUGCAACGCGCUAAGGCAAGCGCGUGUUCUCGGUGACCAGUUAGUCGUUGGCGUUGUUAGCGACGAAGAGAUUAUAGCUAAUAAAGGACCGCCCGUUACUCCUCUUCAUGAGAGGAUGAUAAUGGUGAAGGCGGUGUUUGAUGAGUAUCAGAUUGAUUACAUUAUCCAUGGGGAUGAUCCUUGCGUUCUUCCCGAUGGAACUGAUGCUUAUGCGCAUGCCAAGAAGGCUGGGAGGUACAAGCAGAUUAAGCGUACUGAAGGAGUUUCCAGCACUGAUAUCGUUGGUCGUAUGCUUCUUUGUGUGAGAGAAAGAUCUGUUAGUGAUAGUCAUAACCGUUCAUCUUUGCAAAGGCAGUUCAGCCAUGGGCAUGACAGUCCAAGGUUUAAGGACGGAGUUUCUUCUGCUGGUACUCGCGUCUCGCAUUUUCUUCCUACUUCCCGCAGGAUUGUUCAGUUCUCUAAUGGCAAGGGGCCGGGACCUGAUGCACGCAUAGUUUACAUAGAUGGUGCGUUUGAUCUUUUCCAUGCUGGCCAUGUUGAGAUUCUCAGGCGUGCUAGAGAGCUUGGAGACUUUCUUCUUGUUGGAAUACAUAAUGACCAGACCGUCAGUGCUAAAAGAGGAGCGCACCGCCCAAUCAUGAAUCUCCAUGAAAGAAGCUUGAGUGUUCUAGCAUGCCGCUAUGUAGAUGAGGUGAUCAUUGGUGCUCCAUGGGAAGUGUCGAAAGAUACGAUCACAACAUUUGACAUUUCAUUGGUGGUUCAUGGGACAGUAGCCGAGAGCGAUGACUUUCAAAGGGAGGAAGAGAAUCCAUACGCUGUACCAAUUAGCAUGGGCAUAUUCCAAGUUCUAGAAAGCCCUCUUGAUAUCACAACAUCCACCAUAAUCAGAAGGAUUGUAGCCAACCAUGAAGCUUAUCAGAAGCGUAAUUUGAAAAAGGAAGCUAGUGAGAAGAAGUACUACGAGCAGAAGGCGUUUGUGUCUGGGGACUGAUAGAAUCAGAAGCUGUAGACUUCUUUAGAACUUUUUUAAAAACCAUCUUCGGGAUUUGAAUCGGUUUCUUGCUCAUCUUAGUAUCGUUGUGGCGACUAUAGGAGAAUGUUUCUGGAUGAGAGUCCAAUGCUACAUAUGACAUUCUGUUCUCUAGUUUACAGUUUACAUAAAUAAGGCACUGAUGGUUUUAGCACCAAUUGCCUUUCACUUUUUGGGAUGUUUCAUUCUGUUUGUAACUUUUGUUUUUGCGUUAUUGCAAAUAUCACAGGAUUGUAUCUGUUUAGUGUU